AUGCUACGCAGCGAAACUGAAAGUAGACCUCUUUUGGCCAGUUCAGCCUCAAGCAUAGGGAUUCCAUCAUUCGAAACUUCACCCGGUUCAUCCAGGCGGAUGUCUUCAACUUCAUCGGGUUUGCACUUGCUCAAUAAAGGAGCUACUUCUAGUGCAGCAGCAGCCUCCUCACGAGGCGAAAUCGUCAGCAUCAUUAACGACCAGCAGGAUGGGUCACUGAAAGCUAGGCUCUUUCGAGCUCGGUUGUUGUUGAGGUACCUCGUUCCGACAACGCUGCUCCGGAGAGCGCUGUAUGUCCUGACGUUCGGAUGGCCCCUCCUUUUGAUCAUCUUGCAUGUCCGCUCAGAAAGAG